GUAGAACUUGUGUCCACUGCACUUAAUUCGAUCCGUGUACAAAAUAGCAUAAGUUAUCAAAUGGCGGAGGAAACGGACUCGUAUUGCUCACACAUCUUGAUCAACUCGUCGAGCAACUCUUAUUGCUACGAUGAGUGGCGCAAACUCAAACAAAUCCAAGUCAAUGAAGGCUGGCAAAAAAAAUUCGAUGCACCUAUGCCAUUGAUCGGCCUCUAUGUUGCAGCAGCAUCUCUAGUCUGCACUCUUGCAAUGGCUGCAGACGUCACCCACGGUUUCCGCUACAAAAAACUUUGGUUCCCAUGCAAAUUCUUCACUGUCAAUGCUGCUUCCCUCACAAUAUUAGCUGUGGCAAUGAAGCUGCCUGUGGAUCUUACAUCUGCAAUGGAAGGAUAUCUAGACCAGCUUGCAAAGUUAAUCAGCAAUGUUUUCAUGACUACUGUAAUGGGUAAUUUUCUAACCUCGUUCGCCUCCAUGGAUGACAAAGCCAUUUUCAUGAACAUCACUGCCUUGGGUAUUCUUGUGAUCACCAUCAUUGUAAAUAUCUUUAUCCAAUUACAUACUUCCCUACUUUACGUCAAAACAACACUGGAAAUUUCUGUCACCAUUUUCAUGUUUGUUUUGUUCGUAACAUUGUGUUUUUCGGUUGUGACAAUUCCUGUGACUAAAAGAUCUUUAGAAUUGAAAUAUGGUGCAUUAUCCAAAAAAAUUUCCGAUGAAGAAUUAGAGGGAAUCGAAAAGCUUUCAGUUCAGAAUCUGAAAGUAGUUGUUGAAAAAUAUUGGGUGAUGGCAGAAACUAGUGACCCCCAAUUUGUGAUGGCACGUUCCGUGAUCUGCAUUGCUUCAGGAGCAAUCUCUCUGUUGACUAUUGCUUUUACUCUAAUAGAUAUAAUGAUCAAAAUUAUGUCUUAUUUUAUCCAUUAUGAUGAUUAUUAUAGAUUACCUUGGAGAAAUACUUCGAGUUACGGGUGGUCUAUGCCAUUGAUUCUUGUGAUUCAAAUUAUCGGGAUUAUAGUGGGUACUGUUGCCCCAACAUUUAGAUGGAUUAUUGCCAUUAGCUUCAAGUGCUCACAAAAAGAUGGCAACAACUACUUAAUUGAAUUUAAAGUGGAAAAAUACUGGAUCCAAAGGCUGGUAGAGUGGAAAGAGAAACCCUUAGCUGUGCGAAUUAGGGGCCGAAAACUCAGAAAACUUAUGCAGGGCACCAAAAAUCUUGUUCUAAACUGCUGCAUAGGUUUUCAAAUUGCAAUUGUAGUGGUGAGCAAAUUAAUUCUGCUAAUCUCCGUUUUCGUCAUAAGCCCAUUCUUUUGGUGUUGCAAGAGGUGUGAAUCUGGUGCUUUAACUAGUCCCAAAAUUUUAGAACCCGAAGCUGGAACAAAGUUGGAUCUUAGUAAUUAUGUUCUGCAACUUGAAGGUGAGGGAAAACUGUCCAACGAAAUUUUGAAUGAUAUAUGUCAUGACGUGAAUCAAGUGAUUCAGAUGGGUAUAAGGAAGCAACCAAGAUAUCUAAUGGAGCUUCUACGGAAAUGUAACAACUUCCACGGGAUAGCAGAAUUUGACAAUGACAACGUUCACGACACUAAUUGUGAAGAACUUCCUAAUUGCUGGACUCUGCCUGUGGUGACCUUAACAAGCAUCGCCAUUGCACUUCCAAAUAUUGGCAAUCAAAUGGUGGGCCAAUUACUACGUAGUGUAAGUGAAGGCCUUUUGUAUGCCAGUCUGGUUGAAAAAAGUCUGUGCUCCAGAGGUGAUUUGUUGAACAUUAAAAAUUCAGCAGAUUUUGUAUGGGUUGACGUUGAACUUUAUCGCAAGUGGAUGGAUAAAGAUCUUCGAAAAAUAGCUCUCGAUGCAAAAAAUUCCGGGGACACUCUUCAAAGCCUAGCUGAUAUUGCUCAAAAGAUUGUCACGGAGAUCAAGAAAAACAUCACUGGAAGUCUGAUGGAGAACCCUUAUAAUUGGCAUGUCAAAAUGAUAGCUGCCAAUUCAAUGUACAAAAUCAGUCGUACUAUGUUGAUGAGCUAUGAAGAGAGUGUGGACAAGACUGAUGAGAACUUGUUCGACCAAUUGUCUGUUAUGAUUGCAGAUAUAUUGGGUGCUUGCCUUACCAAUUUACCACGUUUCAUAACUACAGAAUGUUAUUCUAGUGCCAUAGAGAAGAGGGGGAAAAGUGUCGGGGAUGCAGCACGUCUUCUUGGUGAAACUGAAGAGAUUAUAAAGAUUCUUCAACAACAUGAACUUCCCAGUCUAAGUCAUGAUCAAUUGGCUUACAUUGAUGAGUGGCGCACUUCACUACUACACCAAAAUUCCGCAACCAUCACAUCUUCAUCGAAUAAUGUUAUAACUUCUUCAAGUUCUGAUGAGAUGCAUAUUGGUAUUGAGUAGGAGGUCUGGCUGAGACCAUCUGAGAAGUUGUAAUUGGUUUCUCUUCAUAUGUAUUCUAAGUAUCAGCAUUUGUAUUAUUAAAGGUUGUUAAAUAAAAAUAACCUCGCCAAGUUUUCACAUGUAGUAUUUUCAUAAUUCUAACGUUUGAAUUUUUAUAAAUUUUAUGUUACCAUUACUUGCGUGGCUCCGAUUCAAAACAUAUUCAUACAAUAAG